CCAGCUGCGUUUCUAUGAACUUUGGACCCGAGGCAGGGGGAAACUUCACCUGCGAGUUAAAUCAGGAUCAUUCCUCAAAGGGAAAUCAAAGCUCACCUGUUCUGCAAAGUAAAAAAGAUCACAUCUAUCUUGCUAUUGAGAAUCCGUGUAUCAGCAGUCCCUGCUUGAACAAUGGCACGUGUCAAGCUGGCUACACUGUUAAAGGAUUUCGGUGUAGAUGUCCUCUUGGAUUCACUGGCGCACGCUGUACGACUGCUUGCAGCUUUGAUUUUGAAGAUGGAAUUGAUGGAUGGGAAAUGACAGGCACAGCUUUUGUUUAUCAGCCAACAUUUGGUGACAAUCCAGUAGCGCGCUUUAGAGAAAGCGCCCAGCACGAAGGUGACUGGUGGGUGGGGGGAGCUGAAAAACGACCCAGAGAGAGCGAUUUCGCAGGACAGCAGCAUCCAGAAGGAGCCGACGUACCCCAAGGAACUCUCACUUCACCUUGUUUUCGCAUUGUAGGCAAGAAUAUCUCGUUUCUCAUUGGUGGGGGAUGUGACGUAAAUGUUGUUCGUGCGGAGCUUAUAGUCGACAACAAGGUCGUCAGAAACGAGACAGGAAACUGUUUGGAGACAAUGUAUCGUAAGAGCUGGGACGUAGAGGAGUUUAUUGGUCAUUACGCGAAAGUCAGACUCGUUGACGAGAAGAUCUGUUGUUGGGGUCACAUUAACUUUGAUGACCUUAAAGGAGAUAUCAUUUGUCCUCACGACUAACAAGAUGAUAAAUUGGCAAGAUAAUCAGGGAAUUACAAAAAGAAGCUACGCAGCUGCUUUUGAAUAUAAUUAACUUGCUCACUAGCUUUGGACAUGCGCUUUAGAAGUCGCAUUAAACUCUCUUCCUGUAAAUAACAUAUGGAUAUUUAUACGUCGUAUUAAUAUUAUUAAUAUUAGUAAUAGUUAUCAAAUCAGCUUGGCAUGAGAGGGUUUUAAAUAGACUUUGUGUUGAAUUAUUUAGAUACAAACAGAGGUUGUUUCCACUGAACGACGAUGGAUCUCUGAAAACAUAAAAAAAAAAAACACCUCUUCUGUUUCUACUAAGUAGGGAAAGAAAUAGAGAGCUUUUCGACCGUAAUAUUGCCCUAUUCAUUCUUGUGAGAAACUCGCUCUUGCUCUAGUAUUUGUGAAAAAUGUCCAUCAUCCCUUGUGAAACGGACUGGGAGGAGAUGGGCUGUCGGAUUGUGCGACCUUGAAUCAUAAUAC